AUGCCCUCCGAUCUUAUUAAAAGCGGUAGCUGUGUGACCCGCAGUUAGAGCCAGCUGUAUAAGCAAAGGCGAAGAACUACCUAUAGAAGCCGCCUCGGCAAACAUGGUGUCCCCGGUGACCGUGGUGAAGAGUGAAGGUCCUAAACUCGUGCCCUUUUUCAAAGCCACCUGUGUCUACUUUGUCCUCUGGUUGCCAACGUCCAGCCCUUCCUGGUUCAGUGCCCUGAUCAAGUGUUUGCCAAUCUUCUGCUUAUGGGUCUUCCUGCUGGCACAUGGGAUCAAUUUCCUGACAGCCCAUCACAAUGCCUGUAGGAUCUUUGCUGGUUUGAUAUUCUCUGCCUUGGGAGAUGCUUUCCUCAUCUGGCAAGAGCAAGGCUACUUUAUUCAUGGCUUGUUGAUGUUCGGUAUUACACACAUACUGUAUUCUUCAGCAUUUGGAAUUAAACCUUGGGACCUGAAAGUUGGUUUUGGGAUUGGCUUGGUGUCCAGUUUCUGCUACACCUUCCUGUAUUUCUACCUGUCAGGCCCAUUUACCUAUUUGGUAGCUGUCUACGUUGCCUUAAUUGGCUUCAUGGGCUGGCGGGCUAUGGCUGGUGUGCAGCUCUGCAACGACCUGUGGACUUGGACCAAGCUUUCUGCUUGCAUCGGUUCUGUGCUUUUCAUGGUAUCUGACCUGACUAUUGCGGUCAACAAAUUCUGCUUUCCUGUCCCCUACUCAAGGGUCAUCAUCAUGGCCACUUACUACGCGGCUCAAAUGCUCAUUGCACUUUCUGCGGUGGAGAGCAAGGAUGAAGAAGUUUUCAAAAAGAGAAAAUAAGAGACUGAUGCCCGAACAUCCAUCAGCUCUGUUGGGGAUGCUACAGCUGCACUCAUCCUGGAGGAUGUUUCAGAAUCUGUGACUGCAAAUCUUGCUUCUUUGAAGCUUUUCUUUAUAGUAUUUGGAUGGUCUUGUCUAGUCCUGUUGAUUGGAGUAUGGAACUCACAGUGGAGGUUUAGAGUAUUUACUUCUUGACCCUUGGAAACCUCUCUUAACACAUUAGUGUAUUUGUAUAAUACAGAAACUGGUGCUGAACAUUCCAGUGGGACAAAGCUCAUUUCAGGACAAUAUUACUAUUAAAUAAGGUAGGCAAUACACUGGAAUUUAAGAGCUUUGCCUUCAACGCGGAAUGUGCAAAAAUCACACAAAAAAGAGUCUCCAUGCUGCCUAAGCCCCUGUAUUGCAUACAUUGCAUUAGAACUGUUAGCCAUUGUGAGUCUACACAAGAAAUCUUUGGGACCUGAAAAAUAAUCACAGGAUGUAGGAGCACUCAUGUCAAUCACUAUGCGUAAUGUAAUUUAUGCUGUCCUUGGGAGAAAUCAGUUUAAAUUCCAGAUUCGUGAAAUCCUGUAUUUAUAGGCCAUGCAUAGCCUUUUUUUAAUUUUUAUUUUGGUGAAUGUGAAUCCUGCAGAGCAUCUGUUUUUCUGCAGAUUUUAAAAGCAACAACAAAAUGCAAUGAACAUUUUCAGGCUGGUAGAGGUUGGAGGCAGGGAAAAACGUGGAAAAAAGGGUUUUAACCAUAAAUCAAGUCAUGCUGUUCAGUGAAUCAGCGCUUCCAAGGGAAAAUGUUCAAUGUUAUUAGUACUGAAACACUAAGAAGGACACUUGGGCGUUUUUAAGACACCAGCUGCUUUGUAGACAUAAUCGAUUGGCCAAGAAAAUCACCUUCUUGUACAAGAUUCUCAACCUUUUUUCCUCUCCACAAUCAGUGCCAGUAUGUCUUGGAAGAGAAUGCACACGCAAGCAUCUGAGCGUGAUGUUGUGAAGAACGACUGUGAAAUGGAUUUCUAAGGUACAUUUGCAAUUCACCCUUCACCUGUGGACUAUUUAAAGUGAAGCCAGUGGCUUCCAGGCAUUUGCUCUCUUCUUUCUGUAGAUGUACACAUCAAUAUUUCUCCGUCACGUCCAGCAAGAGCUGUAGACUUUGCAGGUGCCUUCAUGCCUACAGCUGCAGCAUGGAUCAUGCUGACGGGCACAGCCAAUCACCAAAGUGCUGAGAAACUAUCGCUUUGUCAUGCUCCAGAGCCACUCAUUUGCUCAUUUUCCUCUGGCAACAAUGAACUACCGCCCGUCAGCCUGGGUGGGAAGUCCAGUUGCAUGCUGGCACUUUUUCUUGUUUUAUGGCAUCCAGCAUACAAAAUAGGUUUUGUUGACUCGCACUGCAACAAUCAGUAUGAAAUUCCUUGGGUCCUCCCCCCUUCUGGUUUUGCUUAGUGGUAUUUUGGGGGGCAUCAUUUCCCCUAUGUAUUUUUCUUAUUAUAUAUUUUUUUUCUUCACAAUCUGUUAUAUAUGAUCAUGUCACUGUUUAUUUCUUAACAUUUUGGUUACUCAAUGCCAUUCAGAUUUGCUGCAACACUCAGAAUUCGUUGUCAGCAUUAACAGUUAUAGGACCAUAGGAGCUGUAAUACUCCCUGGAAAGACACCAGAAUGUAGAAUGUAGAGCAGGGGGCCCCAACCCUCGGGCUGCAGCCCAUUCAGAACCAGGCUGCGCAAGCAGCGGGCAAGCGUGCCCACCUGCACACCUCCGCUUGCAUGAGUGGCAGGCAUAUUCGCUUGUGCGCGAAGCUCCAUUUGCAUGGAACCAUCCCCUCCCCCCUGAUGCCACUGCCACCAGUCCGCAAAGCUGGAAAGGAUGGGGACCGUUGAUGUAGAGCAUCUCAUUAGAUUUCUCCCAUCAUAUUAUUUCAUGAGGAUUCUCUUUCUGCUUGCAAAAUUAAUCUUGUAGAAAUGUAGUCAUGGGAGUUACAUGUUGUAUAACUUCUAGGCAAAACAUUCAUAGUGAAUAUUGUUGGGAAUUCUAAAUAAUAGACAUCUGAAGGCUGGUUCUCAUUCAACAAUCACUUGUUCAGCAAGUAUUUGAAUUUAGGAUGGUGCUGAAUGAGUGGUAUAUAUAUAUAUAUAUAUGUAUAAUCAGUUCUUGAAGCCGCAGCUCUUGCAGCAAUCACCGUAGUUAUCUGAUUGCGAUGCAAGUGCUUGACAUAUGUCGCAGCAUCCCACAGUCCCUUGAUUGCCGUUUGUGAUCUUCACUUCAGGCUUCUGACAAGACAAGUCAACGGGGAAGCUGAUCGAGGUCACAAAUGGCAGCCACAUGACAUCACUCUUUUAACGGCAUUGUGAGAUUUGCUUAAUAGUAACAAGUGCCAGAAUUGCUGUAAGGAAGCAACACAAUUAGGUGACAUUGCUCUUUACAACUGCUUCACUUAACGAUGGGAAUUCUAGUCCAAAUAGUUGUUGCUAACCAAGAAUUAUCAGUAUUAAAAAUAUUUCAGCUUGCUCAUAUUGUCCAUCCACCUUUACACAGCUGUGUCCUAUUAAUCAAAAGUAAUCCUAGACAUCCUUCCAGCCCAUAAUCUCAGUGAUCCCAUGUUUCCCAGAGAUGCUACUAUACCCCAGAUUUUAACCAUGAAAAUGGAAGAAUGCAUUUUAAGACUUUCCCUAAUUAUUCCAGCAAUACAUUACUGUCAGUUCAGGAAACUGGGAAUUUUUGCCAUGGUAUAAACUGAUGUCUUUACUACUGUUUCAUUAUAACAGCAUGUUUUGCAGAUAGCUGCUAGAAUAGGUUUAAUUUGCGGAAUUAUUUGAAUAAUUCAAAGUCAAACCAUUCUGAAAUCAUUUUGUUCCUUUAUCCCUUUUUCAAAGAUGAGGGAACAAAAAGUAAAAGUGACAUAUACUGGUAGUUUACACUUUAGGUAAGACUUGAAUGAACCACUGAGUGAUUUUCAAUGGGUAUUGCUUGCUGAUAUCUCUUUGAGGAAAAAACCGUCUCUGAUUUUAUAUUGGGGUAGAAAUCUGGCCAGAUUUUUAAAUCAACAUAGCAAUAAGGGACAUGGUGAUAUCCAAAUUUUCUAAUUGCUUCUUUAAAAGUACAGAGCUCUCUCACUGCAGAACUGUUCAAUGAACCAGCCAUACGGGAACAAAGCUGCUUAUCAUGUAUUUAUAUUUCAUGACUGAUUUGUUUUUUGUUUUUUCCUUAAAAGAAUUCCCUGAUUGUAUGCCACUUUUUUUUACGUACCUGUGCAGUUUGGCUGAUUAUGAUCUCUUCUGAAUUAAGACAUUUGACCUGGGACUGCUUAGGCAGCUGUUCAUAAAACGAACUGAUUCAUAUGUGACUUUGCCUUUGAAUCUCUUUGAUACAAUUUAGAUACACUCUUGUUAAUGUGAAAAAGGAGAGGAGGAAGAAGAAGAAGAGAAGAAGAAGGAAAGAUGUGAGUGAAUAUGGAUAUACAUGAGCCAAACAUGGAUAUACAUUUUUUAGUGGAAGUAUUUUAUAUCGUGCUCAUCUAUAGGUGACUUGUAGUUCAUAAUCUUUCAAUGUCUUCUCCAUAUGUUCUUCUGUAGUCCCAUCUACUCUCUUAAGUCUAACACUGUGUUUAGUUAAGCUGUUAGUCUAUUUAUUUUGAUCUAUGGAAUUCCAGAAUUUUAAGAGAAACUAAUGGGUGUAACAGUAAAUCCAUUCCAGGGUUAGUAGGGACCGAACGUCUCAUUUGCCACUGCAGCCUUGAUAAAUGGCUAACUGGUUUCAACAUUUAUACUCCCCACAAAUAAUAUUAAUAAUGUAAAUAGAAGAAGAACUAUUGUGGCAAAAGAAAGCAAAGAUAAUACCAAUAGUGUUGGGUGCCUUGGAUGCAAUCCCCCCCAAAAAAUCUGGAGCACCCCCAGUUAAUUGCAAAAGGCAGCUUUACUUGAAAUUGCUUACAUCCUGUGACAAUACUUUUAAUAUGAUUAAACAAUAAUAUCUGCGUAGCCCAGGGUUUUGGGAAGGACUCAAUAGGAGGACAAAAAUGCCAUAUCCAGUCUAAAUAUCUGAUUGACUGUGACCAACCAUAAUAAUAGUAACCAUCUCUUUUGCAGAUAGUCUUUUAUAUUGUCAAACACCCCAUGCUAUCAGAUUGUUCUUCCUAAUACUGAGUUAAAGACAUCUUCCCCUGUAAUUUAAGCAUUGUAUUUUGCCCCUGAACAACAGAGAACAUGUUUGUUGCAUCAACCCUGUGACAAUCUUUUGAAUGUUUAAAGAUAGCUAUCAUAUUCACUCUUCAACCUCUCUUUGCCAGGUUUGGCUGCCUGCCCUUAACUAUCAUUGUCAUCCUUCUCUGGACAUGAUCCAGUUCGUUGAUUGCUAUCAUACAACCCAGACUUAAUUAGUAGUGUUCAAGACAAGGAUUCGUUUCAGAACUGCAUUGAAGUUGCAGAGUGAAAAGAAGGCACUUCUGUUUAAAUAAAGGUUGAAAUAUUUAGGGUUUUUUUAAAAAAAUACGUGGUGAAUUAAAAUUUCUCAGCUUAAUCUCAUGCAAUUGAGAACUUUUCAGAUCAUGUGUAGUAAACGACAAAACGACAAAAACAUUUUUGGUUGUCCCUAGCUUCCUUACCCAGCUGUUAUUUUUUUCCAAGCCAUCAUCGCCAGGCAAAUUUUUUAGAGUUUUUGGAGUUGCUAGAGACGAUUAACUGAUUUUAAUAAGUACCAUUUGUUUUAGAGAAAGCUACUUCUGCAGUGACCAUAUGAGGUGGUUUUUUUUUAUUUCAAUUUACCACACUUUUUCAUCUGAAAAUAUUUAUGUAAUACAGUGCUUGUAAUAUAUUUAUUAACACUAUAUUAAAUAUAUAUAAAAAUAUAUUUAAAUAUAUUUUAAAUAUAUAUUUUAAAUAUAUUUUAAAUACUUUAUAUAGUUUACCAGCAGUACUUCCCAAGACUUCUACAUAUCCUAUAAAAUAUGGUAUGUGUGUGUAAAUAUGAGUGAGAGGGAUUUUUUUUUUAACAUUGGACAUGUUGGCUUAACAUGUUCUCUAAGAUUGUUCUGCUGUUCUUCAAAGAUUCAUCAUAAAGGAAUUGUUGGCUCAAAAUGGAAAUUAUAAGCAGCUGUUAGAGUCUUCUGCUUUAAGGUAUAAUAUAUAAAAUUCAAUUGCGAUAUGGAAAAGUUGUCCCUGGGAUAAUCUGCCAGAAAUCUGAACAGGCAUAAAAUAUGUAAUUCUAUUAUAUUUUUAAAAGAAAUCCCACAUUUUUUAUAUUUAAAAACUAUUAAAUAUAUUUAACAGUCAGUUAAGUAAUAGUGUUGGGUUGAGAAAAAAUAGAUUUAUUUUUUCAUGAUAACUUUUAAAUUUUUCUAUUAGUUUGGUUGGUUGCUUUCGAAGAACAGCUACGAGAACUGGGAUGAAAAAAAUCCACAUGUCCACAAGUGGUUAAUCAAACGUCCAAUAGAUUUUUAACGUCCAAUACAGUCCAGUACAGUCCCGACCCACAAGAAAAAGUUGUGAAGGAUGCUAUUUCCUAGAAAUUAGAGCAGACUGAUGGGCUUAAAUGAAAGGCCUGAUUUGAAUGACAGAUUGGAUAAUACAGUCAACAUUUCAUUCCUGAUGGAAAUUGUGACUCAUCUGGGUGAAAGAGGAAUAAGAGGAAUUAGCAAACUGUUGUUUCAACUCAUCCGCUCUCAGUAUGAACUCUGUUCUGAUUAUCUCAGAAAUCUGAAGUUUCCCCAAAUUAUCCCAAUUCUGCAAAAUAUGUUUAACAUAAAUGAUCCUAUCUUUUGAUUGGUGUUUCUUCUGGGGAUGAAAACCUGAAGGAAUUGAAUGGGACUAUUUCAAAAGGGGGGAUGUGGAAUAUUCUUUCACAGUUAACUCAUAUUUUCUAUGCUCUAGGACAGUGAUGGCGAACCUUUUUGGCACUGAGUGCCCAUACCGGAACACGUGUGUGUGCAUGCGCAUGUGCACGUCGGAGCACCGGAAACCCAAAGACCAGGUGGCCAGCACAUGCAUACACAUGGCCAGAUGGUCUUCGAGUUUCCGGCACUACGGCACACGCAAAGACCAUCUGGCAGGUGCGCAUGUGCGUGGCAAACCAGAAGACCAGCUGGCGACGGCGGGCAUGCCCACAGAGAGGGCUCUGUGUGCCACCUCUGGCACGCAUACCAUAGGUUCGCCAUCACAGCUGUAGGACUCAGAAAGCAGAUGAUUACACAGGUAGUCCUCAAUUUAUGACCACAAUGGAGCCCAAGAUUUAUGUUGCUAAGCGAGACAUUUGUUAAGUGAGAUUUGCCCCAUUUUAUGACCUUUCUUGCCAGAGUUGUGAAGUGUAUCAUUGCAGUUGUUAAGUUAGUAACAUGAUUGCUAAGGGAAUCUGGCUUGCCCAUUUGGACUUUGCUUGUCAGGAGGUCACCAAAGGUGAUCACAUGAUCUCAGGGACACUGUGCAACCAUCAGAAAUAUGAACCAGUUGCCGAGUAACGUGACCAUGGGUAUGCUACAACGGUCAUAAGUGUGAAAAAUGGUCACAUGUCACUUUAUUCAGUGCUGUUGUAACUUUGAACAGUCACUAAAGGAACUUUUGUAAGUUGAGGACUACCUGUAUAGUUCCUGAGUUCCUUUCCAAGUUAUUGGAAAGAUGCUCCCCUUCUUAGAAUAUACUGUAUGCACAUGUCUGAGAAAGAAAAUGACUGAAUGAGAGAAAAAGAGCCAUUAAUCUAAUGUAGGAAAAAUUCACUGCAUUCACACAAAUAUCUUUUAUUUUGUUAAUUAACCAAUUAACCAAUUUUCUCGGCUCUGUUCCAUUAAAUCAUAAAGAGGGUGGGUUCUCAACAUAAUAGUCCACAAAAAGCCUGACUUAAGUUCAUACUAAGGUUAGUGUUUUAUGCAAAUGAAUUAUGAAUUCUUUGCCACAUCUUGUUAAGUAUCUUCUGUAGACAUCACCUUUGAAAGGUCAGCGUCCCUCUUCCUUUCUCAUUAGAUUAUCAUAACUAUCUAAAAAUGUGUCUGCUCAGUGAGAAAUAGACUUGCUUCUGGAUACAUGAAGAUCUAAAAGGGGAUCUUUUAAAGUUUUGAAAGAUUAAGAAAAGUGAAUAAAAUCAAUGGGAGGAGCACAUCUGAUGGUAGAUAAAGAAAUCGUGUUGAAUGUUUAAAAGAUUUUCUUUGCGGGGGGUGGAGCUCCCAUUAUUUCUUCUGAACCAAAAGGAAAAAAAAGCAGAUCACAAACACUUUUUAAGAUUACUAUGAUAAACCCCAAUGAGGGAGAGAAAAACCUGGAGCUUUGAAUAUCAGAUAUAAGGCUCCAGGACAUACGAUCUUUCAGUCUGGAAUGUUUGAUCCUUGCAGGAAGACUUUAGAUCUCCUUGUGGAAAUUGCAAUAUACAUCAUGGAAUCCAGUUCCUUGAAACUGAUAGUUCAAGGAAUCAUUCUUUGAUCAUUGCAGAGGAGAAGAUAGCAAUGUUGGUAAAUUGUAGUGACAUUUACAGCACAGAUGAAAAUAAUCCUUGUCAAACUGGCUUUAAUAAAGAGUUCCUAGACGGCAGUUUUAUGGAUCCUAAAGGUCCACAGGAUAUGUUAGAUUUUUCCUUCCAAAGGACCUGAACUGAGAAAGGAAAUUCUCGCAUCUCUUUCCUAUCCUGUAGAAGCCAUUCUCCUAUCCCUUCCUCCAGCUUUCUUCAUGGCAUCAGAGACUAGACAGGAAAGAUUGAGACAGGUCAGGUUGCUUGUAGGACAGAUGAGUGGGCACAAACCCUUCAGGGGGACCAUACCCUUUCCAUCUUGCCUCAACAAAGAGUAAAUAAGUAAACCAACUCUGGAAGUCAUCAAAAUGUUUUUCCUCCUUUUGUUUGCAUUCUUCAUCUCUUUUUGCACAUCUGUUCUCCCUGGAUGGGGCCAUUAAGGUGCAGGGAUUGUCAGAGCCUUGAAUGUCAGAAACUGCCAAACUCUGCCACACUUCCAGAGGUGGUUUUUUUUUUCCCAUUUAGAGGAGCCAGUCUCUCUGCAAUAACAUCUUUGCUUUUCUGAAUUAUAACGCUUGCCUAUCUACCUCGCAGAGGUUAUAUAUGAAAUGUGUGGUUGCUUUUCUUCAAAAACGGAAGUCGUGUGUAAGCACAUGCGUAUUCAUAUAUACAGCAUUCAAUUCAUGUUCUGGAGUUUGCAUAACUGUUUUUAAGAAUGCCAUGUUGUUUCCAAGCAACAUUUUAGAAAAAAAUGUGAAUGCAAUGGCCAGCAUUUUUAAGUACUGUUUAUCUGUACAGAAAGUAACAGAGUGAAGGGAAAGAAAGGCUCUGCGAUUUUAAUUUGGGAUUAUCAUUCAAAUAGUGAUCCCAAAUUAUUUGCAAAUGUUGCUACGUAAUUCAUAUAAUUACCUUAUGCUGUAAAAAUGACAUUUUGAUUUGUAAAUGAGAAGAUUUCAUUUUUGUCAAACUUUGCAUAAAGUGUAUAUAUAUAUAUACAAUAAUAGCCAUCCUGUGCUUCUUUAAAAUUUGGUCUCCCCGUUUUGUUGCAGUCACUGAACAGAACAGAACAGAACAGAAUCACAAUCUUGCUAAAUCCCUUUAUAAAUCAAAUUAACACUUAACUGAAUUGCCCAGUUUUCUCUGCAUUGCCAUCAUAACGGAAGAACACAAUCAGGUGAAAACCUUUAUUCGUUUUGCCUAAGGCAUCUUUUGACUGUGUUAACACCAGUAAUAAGUAAUAAGUUCCCAAGGCAGAUGAAAAACAAAUCCUAUUUUUAUGCCAGUCUUCGCAGAAGAUACAAUUCAGGACAACAGUGGUACUACUAAAGGCUUUGCUUUCAGAAGCGCUAUAAAAUAUUUUCAAUAAAUAUGGUGAUGUAGAGCUAAGCAUGGCCUGUUUGAAAUGUUACCUAGCAACAGAGUUAC